UGAGAUGAUAGUGUUGGCUUUUGACGGAGUUUACGUAGAUGAGCCUUACGAGACGAAUUACGUCUUCAUACCGGACGCGGGCCGAGCAGAUGUGGCGGUCCGAUGUGUGGAGGCCGGGUCUUACCAGCUCAUUUCCCAGAACGCGCCGGAUCAGAUCAUGUCGAUUGGUAACACGCCAGUUUAUGAUGGAAUCUUAGCGACCAUUGAAGUCUCAGGUGAGCCGGUUGAGAUGUCUUUUCCUACCUCCUUACCUGAGAGACCUUUCUUUAACCUGGACCUGAGAGGGUUCCCCGACACCCGCAUCCGGGGCCGGAACGUGGUGGAGUUCGGGCCAACUCCCUACCUCAACCGGGAAAAAAUGAAGACCGGCGACUACUUCCGGUAUAAAUUCAGAACGGGAACUGUGCAGGAAUGGUACUUGGUGAACUCCGACCCUUCUUCGGGACACCCGUACCACGUGCACGUCAAUCACUUCCAGGUCGUCGCCUACAAUCAGUACAACGGCCCCGUGGCCAGCUUCGCGCCUGCGUACUACGAUCAACAGGGGUUUCUCUGCGAUCAACAACUGGAAGACUUUGACCCGCUGGAAGCCCCGGAGGUCAUACCGGUUAACCUGACGUUUCUGGGGCACGAGACGAGGGACCGGGGCAUGGCGGGAUACGUACCGAUCGGCCAAUGGAGAGACACCAUCAUGGUCCCACCACUGGCUAGCAUCACCAUCCGGUUUAUGGCCGACGAGUAUCCCGGAACUUGC